GGACCCACAAUAUAGCCUACAGUUGGCCUGUGGGCAGGCUGUCCCUGAACAUGGACGACAUAGAUCGAUUGGCAGAAACCAGCACCAGUUCCACAUGUUCCACCAGCACCUCACGCGGCUGCUGGAGCGUCGCCCACAAAGAAGGUGAAGGUCUCCAGCGUGACAGACCAAAUGGACGACUCUGUCAGGGCAAAACCUGGACCAAGCUCAAAGCCAACAUCAGAACAGGUGGCAGCCCUAAGGGACAGGAUCGUCCGUCGGUGAGCAAGUCCCUCGGACUUCUCAAUGCUGACCAUGAAAAAGCAGGUGAAGACAAGGUCAUGGUUGUUGCAGCAGGACGGCGCGUUUAAAGCUUGGGGCAUACCAGGAAAGCGUGCUGGAAGGUGUUUCGUUCGAUCUUGUUCACGCUUCCUUACCCUGGUGCGACUCCAACAGACGAUCCGUUGAAAGCUGUCGCAGCUGCAUGUUUGGAGGAGCACUACGAGAGGGUGGCCAAGCUCAACCAGGAAUUUCUGGAGACCUGGCAUUUGAUCAUGAAGGCGGAGGACAAUCGUCGGUCGGAAUGUUCAGUUGCCCAUGAACUGGACUUGUUGCCUCAACGGCCAUGAGUUGGAGUGUUCACCCAUGCGGCUUUUGGUAUGGUCCACACUGGAGUCCACACACCAGGACGAGGCCGAGCGAGUGAACGUCCCACCUCCAGCCAAAGAAUCACUUGGGUUGGAGGAAGACGGGCCGACUCGCAAAAAGGAAUUCAAACAAGUUGAGGAAGAGAACCACAAAGCUCUUGAGGUCAGCGGCAUUGGGGGAAACAGUAUGCCACCAGAGCGGCGGGCCACGAGCUUUGCUUGAGAUUUGCAAAGGGAAGCCUGGAGAUUGUGCAAAGGCGUGCAAAGGUGGACAUCCCAAUUCCCAAUGCCCAGAGAAAACCAAGUCCAAGGGCAAAGGGAAGAGCAAGUCCAAGAACAAGAGCUGACAGGAAGAGACGCUGAAGCUGAAAGGCAUGGAGGUGCACCGUGUGAUCCAAGAUCACGGGGUGUGCAUAGCCAUGCCAAGUGCAGAGGAGAUGAGAGUCGACAAGGAGAAGGAUCCGUCGGAAACGCUUGUGACCCCAAAGCCUGCCAAAAUUGCGAAGAUGUAGCCAGCGCAAGGAAUUCAAUUUCUUAGAGCUCUUUGCGGGAAAAGCCAGGUUUUCGAGAGAAGUGAAGAGAAUGAGCAGCCAUGUCGCGAAAGUCAUGGAGCCACUGGAUGUGCUUGGAAACUGGAGCAUUUUGUCAGCGGGCUUCAAGGAGGCGAAGAAGGCAAAGAAGGCAGCAGCAGAAGCAGACCACGCCCAUAUAGUUUUCCCGUGUCGAAGCCUCACUCGCGCGAGGUGGUCCGAUGCGCGUGGCAAUGUGCAAGUUGUUGGUGCCGACGCCUGGCCCGAAGGCUGGGUGGGAGGAGGUCAACAAGAUACUCGAGAAGUUUGGGGCGCUCAUCGGGAAGACUUGGUCACUGGAGAAUCCGGAAGACUCCUGUGCAUGGGAGCACUCAAAGAUGGCCAAGAUCUUGAAAGGAGAGUGUGUUUGCGUGUCUGAAGCUUUUUGUGGGCUUUGCGGAACUCGACCUCGUGACAAAACCAAGUCAUCGCGUCUCAGGCGCCUAUGUUGCCGGUCCUUCAGUCGCCCCACAACACCUCUUUCUACACCAAGUCCACCCAACCUGGCGACUCGUUGCGCGAGAGCUCUUAUAGUAGCAAGAUCUGGUUCCCGCUGGGUGGUGCAUGGAGGGAGCAAGAGAGGGGCUUAGACGGGGAGGUGCUCCGGACCAACAUUGAUGAUGGCCGAGAAUUUGUGAACGGCUGCAUCCCUAACUGGAGCUCUGAUUGCGCGAUCCGUUCGCCAGCGGCAGUGGAACACAAACUCUCCUGGGCCUACUACCGUAUGCGUGGCAUGCGGGCAGCGCUGGGUCACACGGAUCAAGUGCCAAGCAGUAAGCAGAGUAGGCAGCAGUUCAAUUUCUGGACGGAUUUGCGGCCACCCUUCCGUAUCAAAGGGAUGAAGCGAGAUGCUGACGACGGACAUCCGGAUGGACCCUUGUUUCGGAUUAGCUAUUGCUGCCCUUUGGACUAUGUCACCGAAAGAAAGUGGGGCCGACGCACAGCUGAAGGGACCUUUGAGAACCUGGUGCAUGGCGUAGCUGAAGUUCGUAUCCCCAAGGACUUCCCGCAGGUUUCAACUCGCAUCAUUGUACUGAGCUGGGGGCGCGUGGAGAUCAAGUUCGGCACAAAGCCGAAAGUGGACAAAAAAGCAGGGGCCGUGGACCCCAAGAAGUGGAGCCCCAUCGCUGCCGAGUUCCACCUCAGGUCCAAUUGUAGCCGUUUGGCCAGCCUGCGCGAGUCCCUGCACGAGGCGAACCUCAAAAUGGCUGGGCAGUCGAAUCAGCAGGCGGUGAGGCCAUGGCAAAAGGCAUUGAUGAAGCCUUCUGCCACGUUGGCGGACUUCAUGAAGGCUGAGCAGCUGGAGCAGAAGGAGGUGGAGUCUGUCAAAAGAGAUCUCAGGCUACGCACUGCUUGUGCGGGCUUCAUUGAGAAUGCGGGAUGAUCACUGGCAGAAUGUCGAAUUCCUGAACCCGGUGAGUGGCGUUUGCUUGUUUUUUCCUCCAAAGCUCCACAUUCUGACCUUGAGCAAUCGUCGUUCUCUUAGAUUUUACUCACCUUCCGGACCGGGUUCGUGCAACGGCUCCGGCGCUGCCCUGGCCACCGCGAAGGCGGGCCUCCCACCAAAAUGGUUGGGCGAACAUUUGCUGCGCGGCGGGCUUGGGGCCUUGCAGCGUCCGUGAUGGACGCUCCGUUUCACGGCAUAUAGGGCCAAGCGCAGAUGCAGAAAAGAAGGAGUGUCAUAGAUGGGAGCGUAAUGGAGCGUAUGCAUGCAGCUAAGCAUUUUCAGGAGA